AUGAACCCCGAGGACGUAGCUGAGAGAAUAGUGACCGUGAUCGAGGGACUGAACGCGGCCGACACCAUCACAGUGUGGCUGUAUCGCGAACAGAACCGUAUUUUCAACCAUGCAAUGGUCGCGUUAGACGAGAUUGCAAAGAUGAAUAAAGACGGAACUUACGAAGACCCCUGGAUAGACGUACAACUCGACCUAGACAAUGUCAUAGAAGUCUGGACGACAGAAACUAAGCUCACCUGGUCCCUGUAUAAUUGGACAGAAAAUUACCUUCAGCACGACAACGAAAUACGCCUGUUCGGCUACGGAUACACGUUCGAAGAGCAUCACGAAUUCCCGUCAAGAAAGACUGAGCUUACAAAGGACGAGGUGGAGUGGUUCAAGAACCUAUGGCAUCAGCAUAAACGAUUCCCAGAACGCGUCGAUGAAGAAAGAAAGUUUCUAAACACUCGAAUCGAGAAUUUUAGGAUGAUGCUGAGUACCCCGACAAGGAACGAAGCAUUGAAGCCCUUACCUUUACUCGAAUAUGACCCUAAAACAUUUGCUAAGCCGCCAACAGAAAAAGAAGGAGAAGAGCUACUUGCCCAGCGACUUGUACGGCAUACCAAUAUAUCCAAGCUUCCAGCUUACCUGCCCGAAGACUCUGACACAGACAAGAGAGUCAAUGACGCAGACGCACAGGGUAGAGAAAUGUGUCAGGACGAACGAAGCAACGCGUUUGUUGGACGCCUACGAUAG